GCGCCGUCCUCCAUAGCAGCACAGCACAGCACACCCACCCUCAUCUUUAGCUCUGCCGAAGCACAAGCACCCACCCUCAUCUUGGUCUCUCUAUCCGUACGCCUCCCUCAUCCCUCCCUUCACCUCCGAUACAUGGAGGCGAACCAGGAGAAGGCUCCGGAGACUGCCAGCGGCGGCGACGCCCCGAGGCCUGUGCGAGCGGUGUGCGUCUUCUGCGGCAGCCGGCCUGGCAACCAGCCGUCCUUCAGCGCCGCCGCCCUCGACCUCGGGAAGCAACUGGUGGAGAGGCAGCUCGAUCUCGUCUACGGCGGCGGCAGCGGCGGCCUGAUGGGACUCGUGUCCAAGGCCGUCCACGACGGCGGCCGCCACGUCCUCGGGGUCAUCCCUAGUGCUCUCCUGCCGGAAGAGGUGUCAGGGGAGACGUUGGGAGAGGUGAAAGUGGUGAGGGACAUGCAUGAGCGCAAGUCAGAAAUGGCAAAACACUCGGACGCCUUCAUCGCCCUGCCAGGCGGAUAUGGGACGAUCGAAGAGCUGCUGGAGAUCAUAACGUGGGCGCAGCUGGGGAUCCAUAACAAACCUGUGGGCCUGCUCAACGUGGACGGCUACUACAACAGCCUGCUUUCGCUGUUCGACAAGGGCGUCGAGGAGGGCUUCAUCGACGACGCCGCGCGCAACAUCUUCGUCCUCGCCGACAACGCCGCCGACCUGCUCACCAAGCUUACGGCCGCGGCGGUGGCGGCCCACGCUGACGACGGCGGCGGCGAGGACCGCAACGGCACGGCGGCCGCCGGCGCCAAGAGGAAAAGAGGCUAGCUGACUAGCGAGCACCGAGCAGCAGGUCCCUGCCCGUCGUCGUGUAGCUUCGUCUUCGUCAAGAUCUAUUAGCUCUCAAAUAAUCUGCUUCUUCAUGCAUGUAAUAUCGAGCGUGCCCUAACCCUAAUAAUAUUCCGUGGCUAGCACAAAGUAUGCAUGCUUCAAUGCUCCGUAAUUAAGCACAAGUGUACAAGUGUACGGGUGUUGGAGUUGUACCUUACAGCGCAGCGGGUCGUACCAUCGCGUUGUACUCUUCCCACCCACUAUUUUAUGUUUUCUGACUACGA